GUCAUACUAUAAUUAUAAAGGAUCUCAUAGUGUUCUAUUAGCAGUUUGUACGGCUUCGUAUGCACUCUUGUUGACAUUGGUUCAUAUGGAAGGAGAAGUGAUGGAGGCAUAUUUCAAGAAAGUAAUUUUGGCAGAAGAUUUGGAAAUAAUACAAUGAAUGUACCUCCAGCAUCUCCAGUAUUCGAUGAUGGACCCGUACUGGAGUACUGCAUUGUCGGAGAUUGCUUCGGCCAUAUCCAGUAGCGGGGACAGUAUGAUGUCAAUCUCAUAUGCCUUCCGUGUUGGUCACAAUACGGUUUCUAAAAUUAUCAGGGAAACAUGUGAUACCAUUUGGGAGUGUUUAAACCAAAAUUUUUGGCUUAAAAUUGCAGAAGAUUUUGAGGAAAAGUGGCAACUACCUCAUUGUGUGGGGGCGCUUGACGGUAAACAUGUAGUAAUUCAGGCACUUCCAAGGUCUGGGUCUAUAUAUUACAACUAUAAAGGUACACACAGUAUUGUCCUAUUAGCAUUAUGUGACGCCAAUUAUAAGUUUACGGUUGUCGAUAUUGGUGCUCAAGGCAGGCACAGUGAUGGAGGAAUAUUUAAAAAUAGCAACAUUGGGAAGCUUAUUAUAUCAAACAACUUAAAUCUUCCAGCCCCUUCUCCAUUAGAACAGUAUAAACAACCAAUGAAUUACUACAUUUGUGCUGACGAAGCAUUUCCACUGUCAACGACCAUUAUGAGGCCAUAUGCAGGCAAUUUUUUGCCACAAACUAAGCGAAUCUUUAAUUAUAGAUUAUGCAGAGGGCGUCGGGUUAUUGAGAAUACAUUUGGGAUUCUAGCAUCGAGAUGGCGAAUUUAUAGGAAACCAAUAAUAGCAAGCGAAACCACUGUAGUAAAGGUCAUAAAAGCUACAGUUUGUCUACAUAAUUUUUUAAUGACUUUUGCAAAUACAACUUAUUUUACACCCAGCUCUGCAGACCAGGAAGAUAAUGAAGGAGAAUUAAUUGAAGGAGAAUGGAGGAAAGAACAAAAUAGCAAUCUUAGGGGCUGUAAAAAGAACAAGCACCAAUAUGUAUGGGCGACCCGCAGAAGAAAUGAGACAUAAGUUAGCGCUGUACUUUAUAAAUGAGGGGGUAGUUCCAUUUCAGUGGAAUAAAUAAAUAAAUAUUUAAUUUAUAUCUUCAUGUUUUAUUUUCAUUUUAACGAUUUAUUAAAAACUAUUUCAUCACAUCACAUAAGAUGUAAUAAA